CAAAAUGUACAGUCAAAAUGUCAAUUCAAUUUGUCAAAUUCAUUUGCUUUGCUUUUUGAUUACCCAGUGAACCGUCUUUAUUAAGUUUGUGAUUGUUUGUUUUAAAAAAGAGUUAUGAUGGCUGAAGACACGACAGCCGACGCGACAAGACGCUUGAAUGUUAAAAAACAAACAUUAGACGACGCUUACGCGGCGCCGGCGAACUUCUUGGAGAUCGACGUGGUGAACCCCGUAACGAUGGGAGUCGGUAAAAAACGCUAUACCGAUUACGAAGUUCGCAUGAGGACCAAUCUGCCAGUGUUCAAAGUGAAAGAGUCCAGUGUGAGACGGCGGUACAGUGAUUUUGAAUGGCUCAGAAACGAAUUGGAGAGAGAUAGUAAGAUAGUAGUACCCCCCCUGCCUGGUAAAGCGUUAAAGAGACAACUUCCCUUUAGAGGGGAUGAUGGCAUCUUCGAAGAAGAAUUCAUUGAAGACCGUAGAAAAGGACUGGAAGUGUUCAUAAACAAAAUCGCCGGGCACCCCCUAGCACAGAACGAGCGGUGUCUGCACAUGUUCCUGCAGGACCCCACCAUCGACAAGAGCUAUGUGCCCGGCAAGAUACGGAACACAUAACCCCUGCGGGCCGUUUACGCGCGCGCGCUUUUCAGUAGGCAUGGGUAAUAUCACGUGUAUGGCGCAUUCUCAUUGGUCGAUAAAUCGCAGGUGGGGAAUCCCCGUAGUAGGAAGCCCCUGCGGGCGGGGUAAUGACUAGAUAAAUUAGAUGGUUGAUACAGUGUUGUGCAUAUAGUGGUACCAGGAUAAUCAUUAAGCAAGUCAUUGUUGUAAAAUAGAAAAUCUUUCUUUAGUAAAAGUUUGUGAAAAAAAAAGUGUAUGGUAGGCAGUACUUAAUCUUUUCUAUGAUAUCCGGAUAUAUAAAUUUGUUUUUACGUUAUAAACUCUACGAUAUACAAAUAUACAACCCUUAAUACAUGCAUUAAAUCACUGCCUGCCAUAAAUUUUCUAAUAACUUAUAUUGGAGAUUUUUUUAACACACACUUGCUUAAUAUACCAUGUGCACGUCAGUGAUGCGGGGGAAUCCCCGCAUCUGGGAAAGUGAUUAAUGAAUUUAGCCGGUCGAUACUGCAUUGUGGAACUCUCCGCUUUGGUAACGUCUUAUGAAAUUCACCUGACGAUUUCACGCAUGCUGGCAUGCGUAUUACAAAUCUCCCAUCGACCGACCUCUCCACCAAUGAAAAUGCGCUGUCAUACUGUCAAAUAUAUACUAUAUCGUAUGUGUGGGUUUUUUGAAUAUCUGAUAUUGAAUCGAUAUAUUUCAAUAUCUAUUUAUUGGUGGAAAUCUAUGGUACUUUCAAACGAAUACGGUACUGAUGUUUUAAUGUAAGUUUUCGUUUAAAUACAUCCGCGUUAGCUGUAAUUUUAAGUGGACAACAAAACUGAUUUUCAACGUUACGUUGUUUUUUUAAUUAUAUAAAGACUAAUCUACUUCUUGUGUUAUAAUGCAUACAAUCUUUUUGUUACUUUUAGUGUAAAAUUUAUUUUCAAAUUGUUAAGAAAAUAAUAAAAACACACUAACACUAAGUAAAGACAAUCUCAUUCUAUUGUGUUUUUUUUUAAUGUAUGUUAUCGCACUUGUAUUUUUUAUAUUUUUUUGUGAAAGGAUUGUUUACGUUAUAAGACAAGUUAGAAAAAAAUGGAGUGUACUUUUUUGUCUUAAGUGUGGGCUCAGAGCUGCCAUUACAUUUUACUUAAGACUAUAAGGUCUUGAUAAAGGUUUGCAUAAAAGUUGUACAUUGUAAAGUAAAAGCUUCUAUGGAUGCUCCGAUGUUGGAGCGAAACGUGUGUAGACAAUACAACGUGUAAAUGAAAACCGAAAUGUUACUUCACACGACGUUAUUUACUUAUCUGACUUAUCUGUGAAACCGAAAAGCUAAUAUAUUUUGCCGUAGUUUUUACCGAAAGAAAUCAGAUACAGCUCUAACGUCACAUGCAAAAUUUUAAUCAAGCGACUCCUGUCAUUUUAUUAAGUACGCUUCGCGUAACGUAGGUGCUAUGCGCGUGUCGGUCUUUUAUCUUCAACAGUGUUUUCAUAAUUAAACACU